UGCAUUUCUAGAAGAACACACACACACACACAAAAACACCCCACUAGUGUGUACUUUACACACACGCACACAAACCCGCACUCGAGCAGCAAACGGCACGCAACGAAAAGCAACGGUAAAGCAGACGGUUGCGGCAGACCAAACGGCGAUUCUAUGAAGAUGGAAGUGCUCUCAGUACAAAAUCACAUUCAGGGAAAAUUCGGUGUUAACAAAAUCAAAGACUGGCCGAGUUCGGGCGUUGCAUCCACCGCGCCGCAUCCGCUGGAGGAGGAGGAGGAGAACGCGGUCGACGUCAACGCCGCACUGGACGCAGACGUUGUGGACGGGCAUCCCGCUUCCGUGCUGCACAUGCGACAGCACCAGGCGCUCAACACGCGGUCGACGGUGCCGAUGGCACCCCCGGUGGCCGGCUCCGGGAAGCAGUCCGCGGUUGCCGCCAGCUUCGACGUGGUCAACGGCAGCUCCGCUGCCUACCACCACGCUUACAUGACCAACGUGCUGGCCAGCACCGCCCACCAUCCGGGGCAUGGCCACGGACCCGGGCCCAGCCCCAUGCCCGCAUCGCCCCUGCAGUCGACGGCCGGGGCCCGCUUCGGGGCGGCCGACAACAUGGACGACGUGAGCGCCAGCGCCGUGCGGGACCUUUCGCAGCAGCUGCAGUUCCAGCUGCGUGACGCCAAGCAGCGCCACCUGGCCUGCACUGAGGUGAACCUGCCCGCCGACCUCACGGAGCGCAUCGCCGCCGAGAUCAUCCGCAUGUCGGACCGUGAGCCGUGUGGCGAGCGCGCCUGCACGCUCUUCAUCGAGUUCGAGAGCGAGCCGAACAACGUCAGGCGCAUCGCCUCGUUCAAAGUGGACCCGGACACUGUGUCGAUCUUCGAGCUGUAUUUGACAUUGAAGCAGGACAAGAGCGGCUGGACCUCGCUGCUGCCGCAGUUUAUCAAAAAUCUCACCCGUAGCAACACCAUCAACAUCAGUCCCGACUUCACACUGACCAAGAACAAGCUAUACUCAUCCGAGUGAGGCCCUGUGCCGAGCAGGCACACGGACGGGGACGUGGGUGCGGGCGUGGAUGUGGAUGUGGCUGUGGACGCAGAGGCGCUACUCAAUACUCAAUCCCUCCGAACAACAGUAACAGCAGCAGCAGCAGCAGCACCAGCAGAAAGCCGUAGUAGCAGCACUGGCCGCCCCGUCCACCUUCGCCUCCAAGUCCACGUCCCUGUGCCUGUGCCUGUGCCGGUUCCCACUGGGAGCUGGAACGGGAACGCCAACACGAACCGGUGCGUUCCAUCAACGAUCUUCAUCCUGUAACCAGGAAACGUUUAACCGUAGAGGCAACAACUUUGGACCACAACUAUCAACCAAUCAACCAAUCCUGCAAGCAACAAAUCAACAAAACAACUCAACUCUAACCAACAAUUAUUUUGAAAACCUCCUCUAGAGGAAGAAAACCCAACAAACAAAUCAACUGCAGUUGCAGGCAACUCAAAACUCUUAUUGGACUGACUUUUGGCUUAAAAAAAGGUACUUUUUGGAAAAUAUAAAUCGAAAAAUUAUAAAAAAGAGGAGGAACGGCCGCAUACAAGGCGAAACACAAACGAUAAGAAAUAUUCAAAAUAUUGUAAAAUGUAAAAUGUCGGGCGAGCGACAAAUAAACUUCUUCACUCAGUGAGCGGUUGUCGGGGACCCGUUUCGAGCAUAACAAAAAGCAUAAGGAAGGGCAACAAAACUCCCCCCCACACGUAGACGGAUCAUAGAGUAUUCGGUGUACGGAUGUGCCAUCAUCAGGAUGUGAUGUUCAGGCAUGCAACCCGGUGGGAUAGACAACCGUAUACGGGCAGACGACCGAUCCUUAUAAACCAGAAUGAGAGAAAAACAACAAUAAGCAGUAGGCAGUGGGACCCCCCGCGGAGAGGAGGGGCCGAGCAAGAAGAGGAAGAGGAAUACAUAAUAACAAAUGAAAAAAACAAAGUUGAUGUGAUAUUAUAUAAUAAUUAUGAAUAUUGAAAAACGCAUACAAACACACGAACAUUUAACAUGAACCCAAACACGUACACACAGAAACCAACUAGAGAUUCGGAAAUCAUAGUUUGGAGAGUAUUACAAACAAGUAUCCGAUGGACGCCCAAGUGGCAGAUCCCAAUCCCAAUCCCCCCCAGAUCUAUCUAUCUAUCUAUCGGAUGGACAGAGAAAGAGAGAGACAAACAACAACAACAACAAGUGAAAUCCAAACCAACAAUAGAACCAACUGGAAUUCUCAAAAAUAUUUCCACCAAUUACGAUUAAUCUUUGUAUUAUUAUUUUAAUCAACACUAUAAUAAUUUAAUUUUUCUUUGCGCGCAGAGUUUCAAACUUUGCUAUAGAGAUCGCAGCCCCGUAGAGGGGCUGCAUAUAACAAAAAUAUAUAUAGAUAUAUAUGGAAGAUACAAUAUUUCUAAUAUUAUUCGAUGUGUUUCUAGUGUAAGGUUUUAAUAUUAAACAAGCAAAGGCGAAAAUCCAGCAGAAAAUUCAUUCAAUGUGCGUAGCUGUGUGUUUAUCCGUAGUAUAGUUAAUAAACCAAUUGCAACAACAACAACAAACAAACAACAACAACAACAAACAACACGACGAAGCGAUCAAUAUCGGUUCAAACACACACCCAGAUAUUAACCUGUAUACAUGUAUGGAUAUCUUUCGGCUAGAUAGUUGGCAAACGAAUUGUUUUUUUGUUCUUUUGGAUUACGAACGAUCGAUCUGAGCAGUGAAAUUAUUUAUAAAAAAAAAGGAAGCAAAAAAGCAAACAAAAAACUAUUGACAAAAAAAAAAUGGGUAACAAAAGUGGAAAAGGAGGAAUAGAGGAGAAAAGAAGAGAACUUUCGGAAAAUAUAAAGUCAUCUGUGUUAAUAAAUUUUAAAAUAAUUUUUAGCGUAGAAUAACGAAGAAAAGUGAAAAUGGAAAAUGGAAAAUCGAAAAUCGAAAAGGAGCUAAAUCCAUCAUCUGUAAUCUGUAAUAUCUGAACAAACAAAACAUCUUGGAACACAGAUCCCCCAGCCCCCUCCAGUAUUCGACAAUUGUAAUUGUAGUUUUACUCAUCCCCACACACAGACACAGACACACUCACACACACACACACACACAUGCACACGCACGCAAGGAAAAGAUAACGAAGAGAAUUUACGAUUAGCUUAAAACUAAAACUAAAACUAAAUCAUCAGAGCAAAUGCAUCAAUAAUUAUCAAUCAAUCCCACAAAGAUCUCGAUAACAAGCAGACGAAACAGAUAAGGAGGAACUCAUAUGUAACAUUUAGGUAUUACAAUUUUUAAUUUAAAAAUCUUGCUUUACACACGGCAUAACACAAAGCUAACAUGGAUGUGUGUUUUAGCCAUCUGAAACUCAAGUAACAAUCCAAUCCAAUCCAAUCAAUCCCUUUCGAGCAUCCGACACCCACACACACACACACAAAAGUAGGUAUAUGUCUAGUGUUAUGUAAAUAGGGCCACCGUAGCAGCAAUACAAAACACAAAAAAAAAACAAAACAAAACAAAAGAAAAAACCUAAUACAAACAAAAAACAAAAAAAGCGAGAGAAAACCAAUCGAUAUAUGUACUGUAUUACGAAUUAAAUGUGAACAUAAAUAGAGCAAGUGAAGAAAUAGAACCAUGAAUGUGAUCUAUUAAAUAAUAAAACACGUAAACUUAAAUAAAUUUAACUUACAAAAGCAAAAGCAGAAGCGAAAGCGAAAAAGCUACACAAAAUAUGCAAUUAUUCAAUGAUUUAUGUUCGAUCAAAGCAAAGUACACGAGUAUUACCCACACACAUAUAUUGUAUGUUGUAGCCAGUAGAGACACACACAAACACACACA